UUAACUUAGCUGACGCCAUGGCAACAGAGGCUAAGCUAAUCUUGGUCUUGGGACAAAUACGUUUUAAGACUGUCUGAACUUAAAAUGUAAAGGGCACCGAAGCUGUUAUGUUUAACGUUAGUCCUGCCGUCAUGCGUUCAGCAGCCGCAGAAGGAAAGCUGAAGUUCAUCUUAAAUCAUUAUUAGACAAACGCUGGAGCUCAGGUCAUGUCUGCGGAUCACUCAGCCUCACUGGCCGGGACUCACGGCCUCCUACGCGGCCAGCGAACCCGGUCCUACGGCAGCCUGGUGUCCUCUUCAUUAUCACCCGUUAGACAAAGACGAAUUGAGCAUAAGGUCCAGCCCGGUGAGACCUUGCAAGGACUAUCACUGAAAUAUGGCGUGUCUAUGGAGCAAAUCAAAAGGGCAAACAGACUGUACACAAAUGAUUCAAUAUUCCUGAAGGAGUCCCUCUUCAUCCCUGUGCUGACAGAGUCUGUGUCUUUCACAAAUGGAGUGGAAUUGACCGAGGACGAGACAAGUCCAACACAAAUACACACUGAGAUUUCUAAUGAGAUCCCCAAAAGCCAAACAGACUCUAGAUGCGAAGCUAAUGCUGAUCUGUCACCAGUGGAAUACCUGAAAAAGAUGGACAGCUUGAUCAGUCAGUCCAAACAAGCAGCUGUGAAGACCUGCCAGGAGGGAGAGAAACAGUUUUCAUCUAUGGAGCAACUCCAUCACAGCAAUCUGACGUCUGACACAGCAUCCUACCAGCAGGCCAUUUUGGGAGCAGUUCCCAUUACAAUCACCAGACGGACCAGGAAUUUGAGGGAUAGGGAGGAUGAGAUCUUCCAGCUCUGAUGUAGGCAUUUAUUAGGACUCCUCUGACUGUUUUCUGUGUUAUUUGUACAAGUUGAUUGUUUUAGAGGGCUCCUUAAUUGGGUUUCAUGCCUUAAUAAUGUGGAGAUUGCUGGUGUGAUUUGCAAUAGUUUUUUUUCAUAAAACUACUUCCAGCUUUAGACACAUAUUAGCACUGUAAAAGCACUGUAGCUUGAUGCCUAAAAGUAAGGCAAUAAUGUGAAUUAUAAUUCUGCUGUAUUUCAUAUGAGCAUAACCAAAGUAAUGACAGACAGUUUUGCGUGUGACAUAGAUGACUGCAUUUAAAUGGAAGAACUAAUUAGGAAUCUAGCACUUGCUAAUUAAUAUUGAUUUUAAUACUACCUCACAAAUACUUGCUAGAAACACUUUUAUAGUUUUAGAAAACUGAAAAGUAUAUGCUUUGGGAAUGUGCCACUGGACAUCUUUCAGAUAGUGACCUGUCAAGCUGGUGAACACAAUGCAUGGUUUUGCACUGCAGUCACAUGUUUGGUUUGGUGUUUUUCUGUUUGGUUUACAUUGUGCUAAAGUGUCUAAUGGCCUUUGUGGUUACCAAAACAUGAUAAAGCCUUCGAUAAAGAAGUCUCGUUUCCUGGACUGGUUCGUGUUUUGCAUCAGUGAUAUGAAUGCAGCAUAAAAUGCACAAAUUAAAUGCCAUAAACACUUACAGAUCUUGGUCUUUUAACAUUGAAAUCUUGAGUGAUAAUCAAUGGCAAAGAGUAACAAAAGAUGAACUAAGUUGCAACAUGUAACUAAAACAUGUAUUGUGUUCGGCACAACUGAAUUGCACUAAUAUAUUCCUUCAAUCAUGUGCAUUUCUAACCUGGAAUAAAUGAACUGCAUGUUCAUACAAAGCAUUAGGGUGUGUAUUAUGAAUAUGAAAGUUCUCCAGACGAUAAAAUAUAAUCUUUUUGCUUUUGUAAUAAAUACAAAUUAUUUAUGGACAUACAAUGCUAUGUCAAAUUAGCCCAAUGCAAAAACAUGGCUUACAGUAAAAACAGUAAUAUUGUGUAAUAUUAAAUAUAAAAAAAAACGUUUUCUAUUUUAA